GCUAACAAGUUUUCAAUUUUGUCUGUGCGGUGUGGCGCAGUACCUCCCUUCCCAGAUGUUGGUGCGCUUCAUGACGGACAUCGCCCGCGGCAUGGAAUACCUCAGCAACAAGAACUUCAUCCACAGAGACCUGGCCGCGCGCAACUGCAUGCUGAACGAGAACAUGAACGUGUGCGUGGCCGACUUCGGCCUCUCCAAGAAGAUCUACAAUGGCGACUACUACCGGCAGGGGCGCAUCUCCAAGAUGCCCGUCAAGUGGAUCGCCAUCGAGAGCUUGGCCGACCGAGUCUACACCACCAAGAGCGACGUGUGGUCAUUUGGCGUCACCAUGUGGGAAAUCGCCACCAGGGGGCAGACGCCGUACCCCGGGGUGGAGAACAGCGAGAUCUACGAUUAUUUGAGACAGGGAAACCGUCUCAAGCAGCCUCCAGACUGCCUGGAUAACAUCUACGCUCUGAUGUUCUCCUGCUGGUUGCUGAGUCCCAAAGAUCGUCCACCCUUCGAGUCGCUUCGCUGCGAACUGGAAAAAGCCCUCGACGACCUGCCCGACACCCAGGACCCGGACGAGAUCCUUUACGUCAACAUGGAGGAUUCCUCCAUGGAACUGGGGGCCGUCGGCGGCUGCGACCCCCUCGGGGGCUCCUCUCUGGGCCUCAAGAGCCUGGAGGUGACCACGGCGGAAGUGCACCAACCCAACCGCUACGUGCUGUGUCCCCAGCACGACAGCGGCCGAGUCCUGGCCGACUCCCUGGAGAGUCUGGACGCUGCCUUGCCUUUCUCGGCCGCCACUCUGCCCCUGCGCUAUUCUCGACACGCCGCAACAGACGUGACUGGUGC